ACACUAAAAGUAUAAUUAAGAAUUAAGAGUAAAAAAAUUAUCAGAGAUCAUUUUAUCUUAAUAUUCAGGCGACAGUGGUUUCAACUAUUCAUAUAAGUUAAUUAUAUAUAUUGUCAACAAAUAUGUCAAGGCGUCAAAUUCUUGGAAAAUUAUUAAAAAAUAUUAGUCCUGCCAUGUAUACAUCAAGUACAUUAUUCACCUAUUGUACUUCUUCUGAUAAGCCUAGUACAAAUACGAAGUUACAAUUUGAACCAUUGGACACCAAAAAGCUAACUCACGAAUAUAUGAUGAAACAAUCUAUAUUGGAUGCUGUUAACAGUGCAACACAGACAUUAACUGUUAAUUUUAUGGCAAUAACGGAUCUGAGUAUUGAAUAUAGAGCAUUAUUGAACAAGCUUAUUUCACUUUUCGAAGAAACUUUAACUUACAAUGUAAAUGAUGAGCAUUGGGAUUUGAUUCUAGAAUUACGGAAUGAAAUGUAUGAUAAAAAGGAAAAACUUGCGAAAUUAUCUGAUUCUAUGGAAGAUGUAUACAAAAUGGCAAUAGCUGUCCAUCAACUGAGUGCUUUAUACAAUAUGGAAAAUUUGAGCAAUACACUUUUACAAAGAAUAGAUGAUGCAAAGUGUAAAGUGAAAGCAGAAGCUGAUAGCAAUAAACAGUUGGAACAUGCAUACUGGCGUAUGCAGGGACAAUGUAUUAAAAGCAGUAAGGAAAAAACUGAAAAACAAUAGUACAUUUUUCUAGAGAAUGGUUUUCGAUUUCAGGAAUGUGUCCUAUGUCUUAUGUUAUAUUAACUUUAUAAAAGAAAAAUUAAAAAUUUAUGUCAUUUGAUAGAUUGCUUGUAUUAAUGAAAUAUUUUCCUAUCAUAUUUAUUGAGAUGUAUUGUACAUGGUUAAUAUUGAUCUCACAUUCAAUUAUCUCAAUUCUUAUUGUUAUCUAUUUUUCAGAUAAAGAUGCUGUUAUUAAAUUAAAAAUAUUUAGUGCACUAGAGAUCAAUUAAAUCAUCAUAUAUUUUUCGUUUAGAAUUUACAAUACUUUUAUGAUAAAAAAAAUAUGCUUUGCUAUUCCAUUUUAGUCUAAUUAUAAACUGAAAAAUUAUAAUAAAAAGAAAUUUUUGCAUUUAUAUUUUUUUUUAUAUUUUU